AUGGUAACAUUGGCAGCAAAUAAAAGCGGCAUUAAAAACGUUAGGCAUAAUCGAAUUGUUAUUAAUAAUAUUAAGUGGUUUCCUCAAUUAAAGCAGCCUCGCAAUGAAAAUACUAUGCGAGGUGCAAGUGGUGAAUCGUAUAACGCAGGCAAAUCGUACGCCACGCCCCGUAAAAUCCACCUUGGCCAUUGGCUACAAGCAAAGCGCGCGCGACUCCAAUGGAAAUGCGACCAACAAAAAGGAGCUGGAAAUGGUUUUAUUUACGCCGCAAGUGAAGAGCGGCACACGGUACAAGGUGCGCGAGAAUAUACAUUGUGUGCACACCAAGUUUGUGCUGGAUGGCAAGGUGACCAUCGGCUUUAAGCAGCCGGCAGAGAAUCUGCUCAUCAAAUGUGAUCCCAUACAGCUGAAGGGUUUCCUUCAAACUAUGAAACUGGGCAUGGAGGGCAAGGAUGCCAUCAAUUUGAGACUGAACAUAUCAGCAGCGACAGCCAUUGCACAGAAGGCGCAGCCGCAGCAGCGUAUGUCAAUCAACAAGCGCAGCGAAUACCCCAUUAAAGGUUUUCCGCGAACUCUCAAAUCUCUGAGCAUCAACAAUAUACAGUUGAUGAAGCUCAGCUUUGAGAUUUGCACGCUGCGCAAUCUAACCACACUGGAUGUUAGCGGCAAUAAGCUGACAAAGAUUCCCAAGGAAUUGGGCCGACUGCCUUUGACUACGCUCCGAUUGAGUGGGAAUUCGCUGGGCGAACUCAACGAUUGGUGCUGGCUGCGUGGCAGCAAAUUGAGCAAGUCCCUCUGUGAGCUUGACUUGUCUGCGAAUGGAUUAAGCCACUUCCCGAAGCCACUGGUGCGUUUUGAGCGUCUGGUGACGCUUAAUUUGAAUCACAAUAGACUGCAAUAUCUGCCCUUUGGCAUACGUCGGCUACAGAAGCUACGUGCUCUGCAUGUGUCCAGCAAUAAGCUGGAAUCACUGCCCGCUGCCAUUGAGGAUCUACACAUUGAUCUACUUGAUGUGUGGGGCAAUUGCUUUAAGGGUUUCAAUGUGGAAGUGGCACAAACGCAAGUUCGACGACCUGCAGCCCCAAACAACGCACCCACACCACUCUGGCUGCAGGCGGCACGCGUUGUCGCCAACCAGAAGUUGCCGUAUACGGCAAGCACAUUGCCCGCCAUCCUCAUUGAACUGAUAUCGGAGGCACCCAAAUGCCAUUGCGGUAAACUGUGCUUUGCACUGAAUUCAGGCGAUGUCCUGAAGCGGGUGACACAGCCCAUGUUUACGAAUAUUAAGAAUUUAACCUAUAGUCGCGAGCAUCAGAUCUACUUGGAUGUUAUUAUCUGUGGUGCCGAUUGUUGUGUCUUUCAACAGAUGAAGCUGCUUAGUAAUAUAAUGUUUCCUUGAGAUCUAAAGGGAAUUCAUCGAUUUGCUUUUCAUUUGUUUUGUUGCCCAUCGUUUAAACUUUAAGUAUUUUACUUUUUCUCGAAAUGUUUUAUAAGAAAUCUCAUUCCAAUCAUGUUUUGUUAUUUCAGUUCUCAAAUUCAGCACAUGACUGAAUAUUUCAUUUAUACAUAUUUAUGCAACGUUUUAGUUUAAACACCUGUUAAGUUAAGCAAUCAAUAAAAUCGA